UCUUUUCAGGUAUUGACAUUAUUGUGGAACUCUUCUGUAGUUGAAAACACUAAAAGUCUACACUUCCUGUUUAUUAUCUGGCGGGAAAUAACCAUAGUAAGAUAGUUAUUGUUACUGCAAAGAAAAAUGCACCCAUUUUUUAAACCACGAGAAGCAGGAACAACAUCAAAAGAUGCCAAAACACCGGAAACAUCAGACAAAGUUGGGAAGGGAAAACAGAAGCACAUUCCAUGGGUUGAAAAAUAUCGUCCACGUUCCGUUGAUGACGUAGCUUAUCAGGAUGAGGUCGUAGCUGUCCUUAAAAAAUCUCUAGAAGGAUCAGAUCUUCCGAAUCUGUUGUUCUAUGGACCACCGGGAACUGGUAAAACGUCCACCAUCCUGGCCGCAGCUCGAUCUCUGUUUGGAACAGAGAUGAUGAAGUUACGAGUAUUGGAGCUGAAUGCUUCCGAUGAACGAGGAAUUAAUGUUGUCAGAGAGAAAGUCAAGAAAUUUGCUCAGACUACUGCCAGUGGAACAAAACCAGAUGGGAAGCCUUGCCCUCCAUUUAAAAUCAUUAUCCUGGAUGAGGCAGACUCCAUGACAUCCCCAGCUCAGGCAGCACUGCGAAGAACAAUGGAGAAAGAAAGUAAAUCUACCCGAUUCUGCCUGAUUUGUAAUUAUGUUAGUCGGAUCAUAGAACCAAUAGCCUCCCGCUGUGCCAAGUUCCGGUUUAAACCCCUAGCAGACCAAGUGCUGAGUGAGAGAUUGACAGAGAUUUGUGAUAAAGAAAACAUUGCUUAUGACAAGGAGGCCAUCCAAGCCCUGAUGGAUACCUCAGAGGGAGACAUGAGGAAAGCCAUCACCUACCUACAGAGUGCAGCCAGACUGAAGGGGGAUGAAGAGGUUACCUUGGGGGAUGUGUACGAAAUAGCAGGGGUGAUUAAAGAAGAUAAAAUUGACCAGUUAAUCAAAGUUUGUCACUCCAACUCUUAUGAAAAACUAGAAAAGAUGGUGCAGGAGAUGAUAUAUGAAGGACAUUCAGCGGCCCAGAUAAUCACUCAGCUUCACGACAAGAUUGUACAACGAGAAGACCUCAGUGAUCAACAGAAGUCUGUAACAUGUGAGAAACUCGCUGUUGUUGACAAGUGCCUGAUGGAUGGAGCUGAUGAAUAUCUUCAGUUGAUGGCGCUAUUUACCACUAUGAUGAGGGAGAUUUGUCGCUGACCAUGAGGGAAGAGAUCUGUAAUUAGUUACAAAACUUUCAUUUCUUGAUGGACAGGAAAAUUAAAAGUGAAUAGGAAUCUAAUUUUCUACCUUGAUCUGUAUCCAUUUACAGAUCCUUGUCCUAAGACUUGACUUAUUUGCGAUAUACCUCUAGAGACUCAAUACAAGCUUGAUGAGUAAAGGCACUUGACUUAUUUGUGAUACACUUCUAAAGACUCAAUACAAGCUUGAUGAGUAAAGAGAUUUGGACUUGUAA